UUUCCCCUUCUCCUCUCUCAACCCCGACCACCGCUUUCCGCCGUACUCCUCCAACAUGGGUGAUCGAUCACCGCCUCGCCAAGUCCAAGUCCACCCCCAACAACGCUCUUACCUCCAAGACCCCACUUGGAAACUAUCGGGUGGCGGCCGCCAUGUUGACCACCACCAACAUCAAGGCAGCGGCGGCGGCCCUUCCGCUUCCAAAAUCAUUGCCGUCGUCACCCUCGUCCCCAUUGGUGGCACUCUCCUCGGCCUCUCUGGCCUCACGCUAGCCGCCACGCUCUUCGGUCUCGCCGUGUCGACCCCUGUGUUCCUUCUCUUCAGCCCAGUGAUCGUACCGGCUGCUGUAGCAAUAUGCCUUGCAAUCGCUGCAUUCUUGACGUCGGGAGUGUUCGGGCUCACGGCGUUGUCGUCGCUAUCGUGGGUAUAUCGGUACAUCAGACGGGCGACCGGGACAGUGCCGGAGCAAAUGGAUAUGGCAAAGAGGAGGAUGCAGGACAUGGCAGGGUAUGUGGGACAAAAAACUAAAGAAGUUGGACAAGAAAUUCAAAGUAGAGCACAAGAUCAAGGAAGGAGAUCAGGCACAACGGAACAAAGAACUUAAUUAAUUAAAAAAAAAUGUGUUGAUGAUGCAUGUGUUUGUUUCUUUUCUCCCCUGUUUUGUGUGUUAUUUUUUUUUUUUUUUUUUUUUUUUUUUUCCUUUUUCUCUCUAUUGUCUUGUUAAAUAAAAAAUGGUUUAAUGCAUGGAUGUAAAUUUUCUUUUGGGUUGUUGUGUAUUUAAUAUAUGAAAGUUUGUUUUCCUUCGAACAAUUUCUUUUGGGUGUAUGUUGUGUAGUUUUUUUUAUUGAAGUAUGGAAGGAGGAGCUGAAGAUCUUUUGUCCCACAUCGACUAAAUGAUGAUUAGACUAUCCUUUAAAAUUGGCAUACGGAUGUUAUGGUAUCGCCGAGCUCGGUAGUGUGAGCUUGUAACUCGAACGGGGGCAUUAAUGUGGUUGGAGGUUGGCCCAGCUUGCAGAGUAGGGUUCUAUCGGGAUAGUUUACGGCCUGCCCAUUCCAAGUAGAGAGUUGGGCCUUGGGCUUCGAGCGAAGGCUUGGAGUUCAUCGCCACUAGAGAUGGAGGAAACCGCGUGAGGCUGGUUUCACAGAGCAGCGUCACCUCCCGCUCUUGUCGGUGGAAGGAUAACAGGUCGUUUCUUGGUGGCCCGUCAGAUGCUCUGUGGGUAGUUCUCAGCCCAACAACCACUUUUU